AUGGAAAAUAUUGAUUCGUUUCAUUUUAGGGCCAAUGUUAACUCGUGCAAGAAUGGUUGUACACAGAGGCGCCAAGGUGCUCCAGCAAUACAAGGGCGCACAGCUCCGCCUCAAGAGGCGCGCCAAGGGCGCGCCCCAGCCCCUAGUGCCCAGAUCCAAGAUCUGGUGUUUAGCCUUGCUCCAAGUAAAGCCAUAGCCUCCAAACAGAUGGUGCAUAUGAAUCAAGGACAAGGGGAAACAAGCUAUGCACACAACUCCAGUGUCCAGAACGCUCAGCAGAACAGGAUGAUGCCCCUGAUAGAAGCGGCCAUCAUUGACUUGUGCGGCAGCAGAAGCACCUUGUUCCCUGAAAAGAUGCUGAUUGCGGACUUGGGCUGCUCUUAUGGCCCAAAUGCGCUAGCACUGGUAUCGACUGCCGUCAAGGCCAUCAUCAACCACUGCCUUCAGUUCCAGCAACCACCACCCGAAGUGUGUGUGCUCCUCAAUGACCUUCCUGACAAUGACUUCAACACGGUGGUGAAGAGCCUGGCCACGCUCCGUCAAAGUAACAACAAGCUCUUCACUAGUGACUCCUUGCAUCUUGUCUGCUCGUCCAACAGCUUGCAUUGGCUCUCCAUGGCUCCCGAAGAUCUGACGAUGAACCAGAUCCCUGCGUACGACAUGGAUGAACAUGCUAGGCGUGAAAGACUCCCUAUGGUCCGUGAGGCUUAUGCACGUCAGUUCAGGAAACAUUUCAUACUUUUCCUGGAGCUGAGAGCCAAAGAAUUGGUCCCAGGAGGCCGAAUGGUUGUUUCCCUUGUAGGGCGGCCUUCUAAUGUAAAAGCCUCCAAAUUCUUUCACCUUUGGGAAACCUUAGUUCAGAUUCUAAGUGUCAUGGCCUUAGAGGGUGUGAUCGACAAAGCGAAGUUUGAUUCUUUCUAUGUGCCGGUGUAUGGACCCUCUGGUGAAGAGCUGAGGGAGAUCAUCCAAGACGAGGGCUCCUUUUCUAUCAGCGAUAUGCGGGUAUAUGACGCUGCAACUGAUAUGAACAGCAUGCUCUUCACCCCAAGCUCGUUUGUGAAUUAUCUGAGAGCCAUAUUUGAGCCGAUAAUAGUCGAGCAUUUUGGAGAGGUCAUGGAUGAAUUUGUGAGGACCGCGGAGCGGCGCUGGAGCCUCGAGGGCAGCAUGCAAGACGAGCGUGCUAGAAAUCCACGAGCUAUGCUGGCUGUAUCCCUUGUAAAGGCAUGAUUAUCAGGUACUUUAUAGUACACCACAUUUGGUUAGGUUUAUUGCUUUAUUUGAGGUGACAAUGUGUGCCAACUUCAUUGUGUAAACUACAUCCUGUAUGGUGUUCUGUGAAGAUAUUCAUCGACGCUCAAGAGAUUAAGAAUGAACUAUCAUUUAUAUAUAUUA